ACGGACUUGAGAGGCCGCAGAAUCCAUAGUCAUGCGGCAGUCAGGUGACUCUCUUUGAAGAUGGUAGCCUCGGCGGUUGUUCUCAUCCUUGCCAGGAGUUAAAGAUGAAGGCCGCCUGCAGUCAGGGUUUCCUCAGACUUUGCGUACUCUCGUGUUGCUUUCUGCUGUUGCCCGCGUUCACGUGCGCGGCGGACAAAAUGGCCUUUUCCCCGUCGCACCUCGGGGUGCUGGCUACAGUACAGGGUCGCCGAAAAAGCCACCCCAAACAGAGGAACCCGAACAGUAACGCGUUUUUAAAUAAACAGACGGAGGACCAAAGUCUGCAGUUCAUGUGGAGUCUGUAUAGGAAAGCGGCCAAUGUAGACGGCAGGCCGAAACAACGCAAAUUGUUUGGGUCGAACACCGUCAGGUUGAUUCGUGCAUCAGUCACCGGCAAGCGCUUCUAUUCCUCACCAAAUGACCUGCUGUAUACUUACACUGUGCAAUAUGAACUGGAAAAUCUUCCACUAAGCAAACUAAACCGGGCAUCUUUUAUUCACCUGAGGUCACCGGUGGCAUCAUACCCUCUGUUUCUGUGUGAAGCCAGAGUCUCAUCUUCCUCCUCAUCCUCAUCAGAGCGUACUAACAACACGGAUGUUGUCAUCCUGGGCCCUCAAAGCAUGUGGACUGAAUCGGAUGCUACGUCCCACAUGUCUUUGCUUCGAGGCAGCCUAUUUGUCCUCUAUGUUCAGUACAAGUGUUGGGAAUCUGGCCCGGUUCAUUCUGUUGCGAGACACAGGACACGCAAGCGACAGUUCCCACCGCAAAACCACUUGAGAGCCCCUGCCUUGCUUCUCUUCUUGGAGGAAGAGGGACAUUCUAUGGCAUGGGCAAAGUAUGCUAAAGCCACCCCUCACUCUGGCUCAAGGUCACGCCGCUCUAAAGAAAUCGGCAGCAUCGGAUCUGACAUUCCCAACUACAAGCGGUCCAAGAACGGUGUCGGCAAGAACCAGUGCAAGCUCCACUCAUACCGUGUAACCUUUCGUGAUCUCGGGUGGGACCACUGGAUCAUCGCUCCCCCUAUGUACAACCCUCGCUACUGCAUGGGCGACUGCCCACGCAUCCUGCACUACGGCUACAACUCGCCCAACCACGCCAUUGUCCAGACUGUCAUCAGUGAGCUUGGUGUUGCUGACAUCCCUCUGCCAUCCUGUGUGCCUUACAAAUACAAACCUAUUAGCGUUCUGAUGAUGGAAAAGAACGGCAGCAUUGUCUACAAAGAAUAUGAGGACAUGAUUGCAGAAUCCUGCACUUGUAGAUGACUGUGGGCUCGAAAUACACCUUGAUGAUAUUGAAGAACUGAAUAAAGUGGACUUUUGUGCAGUUCUGCCUCCACUUUUGACCUACUGCUGCCAUCUGCUGCCACGGAUAACUGAUUCACUGUAAAGGUAUGCUAUUGGAGAGUGAAGAGAUUAUCGCCUGACGCAUAGAUGGGUUAUAAGCUGUGACAAUUUUCUUUUUCUUUUUUUUUUGUUGCUUAAAUGUAUCCUUUUUCUGUUUGUAUGUAUGUCUGUGUGCCUUUUUCAUGUGUUUGUUGUAAUGAUUGAGAGGAAAGGAAAAAACUAUAGUUUUUUCUAUUUGGACUAUUUGAUAUUACAUGUUUGUAUCUGACUUAACUGUUAAAAGGUUCAUUUAAAAAAAAAAAAAAAAAAAGUUUUUGGAAAAAGGGAAACAAAGAUCUAUGAUAGAACUUGUGUGGUGUCUUUGAAGAUCAACCUGUGUGUGUGUGUGUGUGUGUGUGUGUGUGUUUGUGUCUGUCUAUGUGUGGCUGGUUGGACUAAAUAGAAUAAUGCUGCUGCUGUUUCAGAUGCUGCUAUUGUGACCUCUUUUGAAAAUGAUGUAAUUUGCACAAUUUUUCUAGUCAAAGGCAAGGAAGGGGACAGGGUCCUUGAGGGUCCUUUAUCUGUAUGAAAGAUGUGCAUAUGGUUUAUGGAGGUGAACAUUUCAUAGACAUGUUUCUUAAAGAAAGAUUGAAGAGAAUCAUGAAGAAAAAUGAUUGUUUUAGAGAUCUUGAAAGAUGAAAUAAAGAGCAUAUUUUGUAAAAAAGAAA